AUGGUGCAUAGACGCCAUAGGUGAAAGUGGGUUGUGUUUUAAUUUUGGAUAUUUUUUCCUCCACUAUGGAAUUUAUUUUGUGAAUGUAAAAGCAUGAACACAACCCUGCAGCCAGUGCUACAGCCAUCCACUCAGUCUCCUAGCGUUCAGAGCCCUAGUAAGUCCAUGCAUCCACAAGGGUCUCCCAUGUCAUACACUCAACCUUCAGGCCCCAUGCCCCAGAACCCCUACCCCAACACAAACAUGGCCCACAGCCAUGCUAAUGCCCAACAGAACCACUUCUCCCUCAGUGUCCCCUCAGGGGGCUACAGCAUCCCAGCCAGCAACCAUCCUGUGGCCAGUUUGAACCAGUCUGCAGCAGCCCAGAAAAAUGUCUCCUAUUCUAGUGGGUUUCUGCCUAAUGUUGGGCAUGCACAGAAUCAAAAUACUAUUCCCCCUGUGAGCCAAAGUUUACCAGCCAACCCUAUAGGUAUGCAGCAGCCUCAGCAAAACCUGCAAAAUGCCCCUACAGCCCAAAGCCAGAAUUCAACCUCAGUUUCUACUCCAGUAGUAGAGCCUUCUACAGAGAAGGACAAACCACAAGCCAAUGGUACUCCUGAAAAGGUUCUACCUCAAGCAGAACCUCAGGAAAAUCAUGUCACACCUGCUGUUCCAAUUCCUCCAGUUGUGUCUUCUCCAUCUACAUCAGAAGUUGCACAGACAUCCCCCCCGAAGCCGCCACAACCGCCCACCGUACUAGAAAAACCCGACCCGCCCAAACCCCCCGCGGAAGUAGCCCCGCCCCCACAAACCACCCCGGACCCUCCCACUGACCCCAAGCCCGCCCCGGAAAUCCCUGCCACCCCCGCCCCCGUCGUAGUGCUGCCCCCUGCGGAGGAUGUCCUCCCGGAACCGCCCCAAGAGACUGACCCGCUGGCCAUCGACCCGCCUCCAGCGGAAGAGAACGCCCAAUCAGAGGCGGAGGGCGUGGUCGGCGAGGUGGGCGGGGCUAAGCAGAGCCCCGCCAAGAAGGAGGGGGGCGUUGCAACGACGAAAGGGGCCGCUGUGGCUAGGGCUGCAGUGAGGAAGGUGAAGGCUGCGAAGGUGGAGGCCAAGCCGGAGCCGAAGACGCCCGUUCAGAAGUCGCCGAACACUGGAAAGGUGAAGAGGCAGCGGAUGAUGACGCAACACUACCAGAGCCCCCUGCCGGAGAUCGAGAUCAUCGCGAAGAUCAGCUCGUCUCGAGCGCGCCGCAGCCACGCCGACGACAAGCUGAUCUACUUCUACAAGAACGAGUUCCUCGCUGUGCGGAACGCCGACGGGGGCUUCUAUCUCUGCCAGGCCAUGCAGAAUGUCUACAAGUCCUCGUCGAAGAUCAAGAUUCGCUGGCUGUCCCAAGAUAAGGCAGACACCACCGGCGAAAUCUACACGCCCGACUUCUACGACCUGACCGACUUCGACUGCAUCCUGACCAGCCUGGACCUGGCCAGGGUGGACAAGGGCAAAUACCGUCUGAAGCCCGCCGAAAAAGAGAGGACCGACAGCAUCCUGAAGCGGUGUCUGGCCGUGGAGAAGGGCGAGAUCGUGACACCGUCGGUGUCCGAGGAGCACCCUGACGGACUGGACUUGUCCCUGUACAAAGACGAGGAGCAGCUGAAAAAGAAGCGCAAAGCCGCCAAACGCAAGGGCCGGCCCCGCUCCGUCUCCCCCAAGAAGGCAGCCCCUACGAAAAAGUCCCCGGAGGCGGCCAAAGUGCGCAAAGUGGAGCCGAGAGCGCCGGCGCCGGCCAAGAAACCGGCGCCGGUCGUCAGGAAGCCGGCGCCGGUCGCCAGCAAGCCGGCGGCGGCCGAGGCGAAGAAGACCGCCGGCAGGGCGGCGAGAGGCAAGAGGAAGGUCGAGUCGAAGAGUCCGGUGAUGGACCAGAAGAAGGCGAUAGUGCUGGCCAAGAUCGGGAGGUCGACGGCCGGACAGGCUGGGGCUAGCCGAUCUCAUAGCAAAAGUGCAAAAUCUUCGAAACCUGUUCCGUCAACGUCGAAAUCUGCCACCAAAGGGGGCGCUGCGGCGACCAGCUCGGCAAAAGCGACUAGCUUAAGGAAGACCAAACGGUCGACGAGAAAGUAACUAACCCCCCCUAAUCUGUAAGAGAGUAAAUAGUUAAGUC